AUGUCUCUACUCCAACUUUUCCCCACCCCUCUGUCUUUUCAGGAUGGUUCCAAACAGAGGCAGGUGAGGAAGAAAACUGUGUCCUUCAGCUCGAUGCCGAGUGACCGUAAGAUCAACAGCACUGCUGCCUGCAUGGCCUUCAUGAUGGAGGGUUGUGAGAUGAAGAAGGUGCGCUCCAACUCGCGCAUGUACAACCGCUACUUCCUGCUGGAUCCAGACAUGCACUGGCUCCGCUGGGAGCCGUCCAAGAAAGACUCAGAGAAGGCCAAACUGGAAAUCAAGAGCAUCAAGGAGGUCCGUUUGGGAAAGAAAACUCCAGUUUUGCGCAGCAAUGGUCUCUCAGAUCAGUUCCCUGAGGAAUGCGCCUUUUCUAUUAUCUAUGGGGAUAAUUAUGAGUCUUUGGAUUUGGUAGCCAGUACUGCAGAUGUUGUCAGUACAUGGGUGAUGGGCCUUAGGUAUCUGGUGUCUUAUGGCCGUCACACUGUGGACAUGGUGGAACACAAUCAACCAAGCCUACGAACAUCUUGGAUUGGUUCAGUGUUUGACCUUGCAGAUAUGGAAAAAGAUGGACACAUAGACCUGUUCAGAGCCACUCAGAUCAUCAAGGGGCUCAAUCCUGGAAUGAAAGAGGCUAGGAUAGAGUUGAAGUUUAAGGAGUUACAGAAAGCUAAAGACCAAUAUGGAGAAGCAAUUAACAUGGACACAUUUGUGGAGGCCUAUUGUGAGCUCUGCACCAGACCAGAGAUUUUCUUUCUGUUGGUCCAGUUCUCUAGUAACAAGGAGUAUCUGGACAAUAAAGAUCUGAUGCUUUUUGUUGAGGUUGAGCAAGGAGUAGAGGGUGUUACAGAAGAAAUGUGCAGAGAUAUUGUCCAGAAAUAUGAGCCAUCCGCAGAGGGUAGAGAAAGGGGCUACCUCUCCAUUGAUGGUUUUACACACUACCUCCUGUCCUCUGAAUGCCACAUCUUUGACCCGCAACACAAACGUGUGUGCCAAGAUAUGAGCCAGCCUCUGUCCCAUUACUACAUCAACUCGUCGCAUAAUGCCUCCCUUCUCGACGAUCAUUUCUGGGGUUCGUCCGACAUCAGCAGCUACAUCCGUGCUCUAAGAAUGGGGUGUCGCAGCAUUGAGGUCAUAGUGUGGAAUGGCCCCGAUAAUGAGCCGGUGGUAUAUGUCGGUAGUUCUGUGGCCUCACAGCUGGCUUUCUCUAAAGUUCUGGACAUUAUAAACCAGUAUGCUUUUGAAAGUUCUGAAUACCCCCUGAUUCUCUGCCUGGUGACUCAUUGCUGCAUCCCUCAGCAAAGGGUCAUGGCCCAACACAUGAAGAAGAUACUCGGUGACAAACUUUACGUUGAUCCCCCAAAUAAAGAGGAAAAUUACCUACCCUCUCCGGAACGACUUAAAGGUAAAAUUCUUUUGAAGAGUAAAAAGCUGCCACCCAGUUGCAUAGAUGCCGAGGGGGACGUUACAGAUGAGGAGGAGGGUCUGGAAAUGUCUCGCAGAGUUGGAGCUGAUGAGCAGGAUGAGCUUAAUGGCUUGGGCUGCAAGAGAUUGAGGCUGUGCAGGGAGCUAUCUGACCUUGUCUCUCUCUGCAAAUCAGUGCAGUUCAGGGACUUUGAAAUCUCCAAGAGGGACCAAAAAUACUGGGAGAUUUGUUCUUUCAAUGAAGUAGAUGCGAACAGAUUUGCCAACGAGUUUCCGGAGGAGUUUGUCUGCUACAACAAGCGCUUCCUUUCCAGAGUAUACCCCACACCUAUGAGGAUUGAUGCCAGCAACAUGAACCCCCAGGACUUUUGGAAGUGUGGCUGCCAGAUUGUAGCCAUGAACUACCAGACUCCAGGCUUGAUGAUGGACCUUAACUUGGGAUGGUUCAGGCAGAAUGGCAACUGUGGGUAUGUCUUACGGCCCGCCAUCAUGAGAGAGGAGGUGUCCUACUUUAGUGCCAAUGCUCGCGACUCCCUGCCAGGGGUUUCUGCCCAGCUUCUUCACAUCAAGGUCAUCAGUGGCCAGAAUCUGCCUAAACCCCGAGGCUCUGCCGCGAAGGGGGAUGUGGUGGAGCCCUACAUAUAUGUAGAGAUUCAUGGCAUACCAGCUGACUGUGCUGAGCAAAGAACCAAGACCGUGUCCCAGAAUGGAGACAACCCUAUUUUUGAUGAGACUUUUGAAUUCCAGAUCAAUUUACCAGAACUCGCAGUUCUACGCUUUGUGGUUCUGGAUGACGACUACAUUGGAGAUGAGUUCAUUGGCCAGUACACCAUCCCUUUUGAGUGCCUACAACCAGGCUAUAGACACGUCCCUCUACAGUCUCUUACAGGCGAGUUCCUGCCAAACACCACCUUGUUUGUUCAUGUAGCCAUCACCAACAGGCGGGGUGGAGGAAAGGCACAUAAAAGGGGUCUAUCUGUCAGGAAGGGUCGGAAGGCUCGCGAGUAUACCACCACCAAGACCACAGGAAUCAAAGUAGUGGACGAGCUCUUCCGAGCUUCCACGCAGCCCCUCAGGGAGGCUACAGACCUCAGAGAAAAUGUGCAGAAUGCCAUGGUUUCCUUUAAGGAGCUGUGUGGCCUGACCCCUGCCGCCAACAUGAAGCAGUGUAUCCUGACGGUGUCCACCUGGCUGAUGAACAGCGAGCGAUCGCUGAGGGUGACGGUGGACCUGAGCGAGACCUACCCCACCAUGGAAGCUCAGGGUCCCGUGCCCGAGCUGUUGCGGAAAGUGCUCAACGCCUAUGACAUGAUGAUCCAAACCAGCAGAAUCCUGAUUGAGUCGGCUGAUGUCGUCUACUCCAAGCUCACACAAGCACAACGUGCAGGCCUGGACUUCCACGAGGACCUGCAUCGCAUCGGGGCAAAGGAGGGUCUGAAGGGUCGCAAACUUCAAAAGGCACUGGAGAGCUACGCUUGGAACAUCACUGUACUCAAAGGCCAGGCGGACCUGCUGAAGCACGCAAAGAGUGAGGCGUUGGACACUCUGCGUCAGAUCCACUGCGCCGCUCAGUCCUGUGGCCUCAGCAAGAACGGAGCCGCCUCUCCCCAGCUCCAGCACCACCCCUUCCACCAGCCCCCACCCACGCAGCAGAUGCCUCCGGUCAAGCCUCCACCGCUGUACCAGCCUCAAACUCAGCCUCACACCCAGACCGCGCCUCAGGCUUAUCUCAGCCCGCACCCCCAGCCGCCCACUCUCCCCCCCACCCACCCCGUCUCAAUGCCCCCGGCCUACCCCCAGCCCCCGCCCCUCACCCAGAUCCAGCUUCAGUCACACAGCCAGCAGCAGAGGGCGGCGGGACCCCUCAACGCCAUCCCCGAGAGAGAGAAAGAGACGGUCAGUGACAAUCCCGUCGGGUCCUGCUGA